AAUAAAUAUCGUAAUCGCAUCAUGGAUUUCAUUCAUUCAGUGCCUUCCAACAACUUGAACUAUAAUGAUCAGAGUUAGUACAUGCCUACUUUUGAUCAUAUUGUUUGUUUUAUAUAUUCAACGAAAUCAUGCUUCCACCAAAGUUCUUUAUGAAUUUCACAUCAAGGAGGUCUUCGGGGAGAGAGAUGAAAAGGGCGAGCUCAAAGAUACGUCCGAGGAUUCUGGCGAGAAGCCCGAACUGAUCAUCACGGGCAAACGCACCUCCUCAUACUUUUUGACCGGCCAAGAGACCAACUAUGUGUAUGUGGAAACGGCCACCUAUGUGGCCGACAACAGUGGUUAUCAUGUCAAGUACAACUUUUCCUUGGACCCCCUGGAGAUUGACAAACGUCUCAACGGACAAACACUUAAAAGCACCGUUGGUUAGACGGCACAUCAAGUAUUAACUUAGUGACUAAGAAAUAAGAUGUAGCAAAUACUAAUUUAUUUAUUAGAACUCAAUGCAGACAGAAAGUGAGAAGUUCCCCGAAGUUCUAGCG